AUGAAGCAGGCGAAGUUUCUGGAUUGGUAUCUGAAGAUUGCGAUUGGAUCUGCUAUCAUCGGCGGAGGAAUGGAGUUCUUCAUGAUCAAGACUGGCUUCUACGACAAGGUUACUGUACUAGAAGCUGAGAAACGAGCCUAUGAAAAUUCCCCUGAAGCUCAAGCCAUGAGAGAAGCUCUUAAUCCCUGGAGAAACAAAGACGCUGAAGCUACCAAAACUCCAUAG